AUGCCCAGACCAACCAAGCCCCAAAUAUGGGCAGAACCUAAGUGCUUGGACCAAGGAGCAGUUGCCGCCGCGUCCACUCUGGGUCUCUGGCCCCUCAGCGGCACGGCGUGCGGGGCGACGCUCAAGAGGCCCAUGGAGUUCCAGGCGGCUCUGCUGAGCCCCUGUUCCCCGAAGCGGCGGCGCUGCGCCCCUCUCCCCGGCCCCCCUCCGGGCCUUAGGCCCCCGGACGCCCAGCCGCCCCCGCCGCCGCUUCAGACACAGACCCGGCACCCGACUCUGCAGCAGCCCGCCCCCCGGCAGCGAGCGGCGCCUUCCAACUCCGAGCAAAAUUUUCAGAACAUAAAACAAGAAGAAUAUCGUCGUUACCAGAGGUGGAGACAUUUAGAAGUUGUUCUUAAUCAGAGUGAAGUCUGUGCUUCGGAAAGUCAGCCUCACUCCUCAGCACUCACAGCACCUAGUUCUCCAGGUUCCUCCUGGAUAAAGAAGGACCAGCCCACCUUCACCCUCAGACAAGUUGGAAUAAUCUGUGAGCGUCUCCUUAAGGACUAUGAGGACAAGAUCCGGGAGGAGUAUGAACAGGUCCUUAACACCAAACUAGCAGAACAAUAUGAAUCUUUUGUGAAAUUCACACAUGAUCAGAUUAUGCCACGGUAUGGGACAAGGCCAACAAGCUAUGUGUCCUGAAGUUGUGUUGCAUAUCUGGGUACCAGGUUUGGCCUCAAGAGAUGGCUGCUGUUCACUUUUUGCAACUGGUUUGAUAUCACAUUUCAGCUCCAACUUUGCAUCCUGAGAACACAUAACGUUUCUGCAGGUCCAUUUUAUACAACUUGAAAGACCUUGAAAUUUUCUGGUUUCUUGGUUGCCACAAGCAUAUCUUUCUUUUCUGCUCAUCCAAUAAACAGCUGUGCCCUACUGUGAUAG